AUUCUUAUUCUCAUACAUUUUCUUGAAAUUUACUCACAGAUUCUUGAAACAACCCCUUUUCAUGGAACUACUUGAUACUGGUGAAAAAGGUUCAAAAAUGUCAAAGAUGGAGCAAGACUACAACAUGGACAUGUGUAGUGAGGAUGAAACUGAGCUUGAGUUGGGUUUAGGACUUAGUUUAAGCAGUGGGGGUGGGGGUGGUGGGGUGGGUGGUAAGGCUAAGAAGUCACCAUGGGGUGAAUAUGGCAGGAUUUUAACUGCUAAAGAUUUUCCUAAUGGCUUUUCAGCUGGGAGAUCAAUUAAUGGUGGUGCUGCUUGUGGUGUUUCUGGUACUAAAAGAGCUGCUGAUUUUACUGGCUCUACUACUGAUGUUGGAUCUCCUCCUACUGGUUCAAGUCAGGUUGUGGGAUGGCCACCCAUAAGGGCAUACAGAAUGAACAGCUUGGUUAAUCAAUCAAAGGUUUUAAAUGCCGAUGAAGACAAGGGAGCGGGCAGUAACGAUAAGAAGGAGCAUUCGAAGAAGAAAAUCAAUCACGGAAACACUAACGAUGAUGCAGCUUCUGCUAAAGAAAAGGGACAUCUUGGUUUUGUGAAGGUGAAUAUGGAUGGUUUGCCUAUUGGAAGAAAGGUGGAUUUGAAUGCUCACACUUGCUAUGAAUCCUUAGCAGACACCUUGGAGGACAUGUUCUUCAAGUCAACCAAAAGUGGUGAAAAGGAACAAGCAACUAAUUCUUUUAAGCUCUUGGAUGGAUCAUCUGAAUUUGUUCUCACAUAUGAGGAUAAAGAAGGAGAUUGGAUGCUUGUUGGAGAUGUUCCAUUUGGGAUGUUUCUCAACACUGUGAAAAGGCUAAGAAUUAUGAGGACUUCUGAGGCUAAUGGACUUGCUCCAAGAAUCCCACAGAAGCAGGAAAGACACAAAGGAAAACCUAUCUAAUUUGCUUUGGUGGAAGGAAAAUGAAUGGAAAGCUGGAAGAAAGAAAAAAGUAAAACAGAAAGUAGGGAGUGUUAAAAAGAGUCAAGUGAUAUUAAUGUUACUUUUUCAUGGUUGCAUUUUUUGUUUUGCAACAUUUUUAUCUUCAAAAAGUGCCCCACUUUUUUGUGUUUUUUUUUUUUGUGUAGGUCUCAAGCUAAGCAAGCCCUUCAUAUAGUUGAUACACCAAUGUUUUUGCCUCAAACCUACCUUUCUCAUGAUGUAAAUAUGGGAAUGCUAUUUUUCUCUUUUUUGUGUGUGUCUCUGUUUGUUGCAAGAAAUUCUAUUUAUUUAUUUAUUUUAAUGUUGAUCAA